AUGAACUCGGACGUUACAGCGAUAGCACCCGCUGCGGAUAGUAUGGGAACGUCAUACGAUUUGCUGGAUAUAUAUGCACCUGGAAAGCAUUUGUGUAAGGAUGUUUACCAGCUAAAAUUUGCUGAGUGGAAUAAGUAUGAAGGCACGGUUAUCAUUCCCGAGUUCAGCCGGUUCAAUUCGAGAAGGAAUUUCAAUGGACUUCGUCUGCGGGGCGUCACAGUGAUUGACCGUGAUAACCUUACCUCCGACGAUGUUGACGGAAUAUUAUCGGCUCCCGGAAGAGAGCAGGGUGUCGUUUUUUUCAUCAAGUACCAUUAUGCGUUGUUGAGUAUGUUGCGUGAAUAUCACAAUUUCACAAUCAAAUAUCGCAUCGCUAGAGGUUGGGCUGGACGCCUGAAAUCAGGCUACCGGUUGGGUUUGCUUGGAAUUUUGUCUCGGAACGAAGCAGAUGUUGCAACGACCGGCGUUUUCCAACGACUUAAUCGGCAUGCCGAAUUUGAUUUUAUUCAUCACAGCUGGGAAUUUUCGGCUGGAUUUUUGUAUCGUAUGACACCGCUGUUGCGAGAUUCAUCGGGUACAGGAAGUUUUUUCACGCCGUUUGAUAACAUGGUUUGGAUGGUAUCAGCUGUCACGAUAAUUGCAGUCUUGCUUGUUCUGAAGCUUGCAUCUUUGAUAAUUACGAGAUUGAAAAGAUAUGAGCCAAACAGUUCAUUUAUAACUUACGCUGUCGACAUCAUUGCAACCGUUGCUCAGCAGGGUGUCUCCAACCAAGUGUCGAAUCGGGUGUCAAUAAGAAUCAUCAUAUUUUCAUUGCUUUUCCUAACACUGCUCCUCUACAAUUACUACACCUCAUCUGUGGUCGGUAGUCUGCUCAGUUCACCUGGAAAAGGUCCACAAACUAUCAAAGAAAUCACGGAUAGUCCUCUAAAGCUUUCGUUUCUGGAUAUUGGUUAUCAUAAGGUCUUGUUUACGGAGACUAAGGACCCAUCUAUUCGUGAGAUGUACAGAAAAAAGGUGCAACCAUCUCGUGAGGGUAAACAGACGAUACCGGUCUUCACGGAUGUACUGACGGCCGUGCCAUAUCUCAAACACGGUGGCUACGCGUUCCAUUGCGAAAUGACCGAGGCGUUUCAAGACAUUGCCAACCAGUUUGAUGCAUACGAAAUUUGCGAGCUACGCACGGGCGUCAGUCUGUUUUCGGAUUUGAAAUUGUUGGGGAUGAUACUGCCAAAAAGAAGCAUGUACACGGAGCUGUUCAAAACCACAUUGAUGCGAGCUCAGGAGGUUGGGCUUAUUAAGCGUACCCUUAAGAUUCACAGACCGGAGAAACCUAUUUGCCAGGUUGGCAGUCGGAUACAUCCGGUGGAGUUGUACAGUGUUAAAAUGGCAUUUUCCGUGCUGGGUGUUGGAUUCGGAGUAUCGCUGAUUUUGCUUUUCAUCGAACGGCUGUGGUAUAAUUCGGUGCUCAAACGGGAGUCCAUGAAUUUCAUCAAUUGA